UAUCCAUGUCCGUCAUAACUCAUUGAGUGUUAUUUCUUUUUUGAAAUUAAAGCCAUGUUGGGAGUAUUUAGCAGCUCCAUCAUGUCGCCGCCGGACGAGUUGGUGGCCGCCGGAAGCCGUACGCCGUCUCCGAAAACGACAUCCGCGGCUCUACUGAAUCGGUUCGUCCAGAUAAACUCCUCCGCCGUGUCGCUGCAGCUAGGGGACCAUGCCUACCUCGCCUACACUCACGAAACGGAAUCCACCUUGUGCCCCAGAUCGUUCGCAGUGAAGGACGACAUUUUCUGCUUAUUCGCGGGAGUUUUGGACAAUUUAGGGAGUCUCCGGCAACAAUACGGCUUGGCGAAAUCAGCGAACGAGGUGGUUCUGGUGAUCGAGGCAUAUAAGGCCCUCCGGGACCGAGCUCCAUAUCCGGCCAGCCAUGUCGUCGGCCAUCUCAGCGGCAAUUUCGCCUUUAUCGUCUUCGACAAGUCGACCUCCACUCUCUUCGUGGCUUCUGAUCGGAAUGGGAAGGUUCCGUUGUACUGGGGAAUCACCGCCGAUGGUUAUGUGGCCUUUUCCGAUAACGCCGAUCUGCUCAAGGGCGCUUGCGGGAAAUCGCUUGCUUCAUUUCCUCAAGGGUGUUUCUUAUCUACAGAAGUUGGUGAACUGAGAUGCUAUCAGAAUCCUAAGAACAAGAUCACUGCUGUUCCUGCUAAUGAGGAAGAGAUUUGGGGUGCAACAUUCAAAGUGGAGGGGCCUGCAGCAGUGGCAGCCACACGUUGAACAGAUUGUCCCAUAGCAGUGGAGCUUUCACAUAUAUAUAUAUAUAUAUAUAUAUAUAUGUAU